AUGAUGGCCAGUCAUCCCGGGACAGACUUCACCUGCAAAGCUAACGGAGGAAACAGCUCGGGGCGAGUACCCGGUUCUGGUCGACAUCAAUCCGAAUCAGAGUCCGAACUGAGCCCGGCUCUGAAGAGCUUAGCUGGGCUGUGCAGCAGGGACGCGGAGGAGCGAGCGGCGGCUCUGGACGAGCUCAGCCAGGCGGUUCUGCUGUGUUUAGGUGUGGACCGGCCCGGUUCGGCACGGCUGUGUAAACAAACACUCCUGCAUCUUCUGCGGCUGUCCGGGUCGUGUCCGCUGCGGGAGGUUCGAGGGAAAGCGACCGAGCUGCUCCGGACUGCACAGGUGACCACAGGGGGGAGGGGGGGUUACGGGGACUCACUGUCUGAUAUGAUCUGCAAACUGCAACCAUUAAAAACAACAUAUCUGCUCCGCUUCGAUAAGGAACAACUCUCUAAAUGUUCCUCAGUGUUUGGCUGAACUGUGCAUCAAUAUCGGGGCUGAUCUUCACCUGUUUAAAAACUAUUCAUCGCUCAUUAGUAGUAAUGUCUUUUCAGGUGAUACCUUAGAGUAAUCAGCUGAUUAUCGGCCUCUAUCAGGUUGCUGGAUGUUUCAUCAGACGUUGAACUAUCGGAGGUGAUGCAAGACUUCGCUGCGGUGUGCACAAACAGGCCGGCCGGACACGCCCCCUCCCGGCGUCCUGAAAACACACAGGGACACACCCCCGGGGCUUCAUUUUCACCGCUCAUCGUAGCGUCUAGAAAAUGCAAAACAGUCAGUCUCUUGUGCGGCUUUCACAUUAUAAAUUUGGGAAUAAGUUUGUGUUGCAAUCGUCGGCCGGUGUUAGGACGAUGUCGGUGAGUUUUUGCCCCUCGGUCUCGGUAGCACAUUUCAUGAGCUGCUCGUUAUGAAACGACUCUCUCCGGUUACAGUACAGCUGCUUCAACAAGUAGGUCUGCUCAAGUUCAAGCGGAUGAAGCUGCCUGCACACUUUUACAGUUAACCUUUUAUUACAUGUUGUAAGUUUACGUUUGGAAAUGUAAAACACUGUGAAGUAACUGACACUCACGCUUUUGAGUUGGUUCGUCAAAACAGUUAUGAAAUUCAGGUCAAAGGUCGUUUAUUUUAUCUGAAAAUGUUGACAUUUCAAUGCCAAACACGCUCUGGUUCCAGUCUCUGAUUACUUAGAAUUAGCAGAUUUCUGUUGUUAAUUUUUUGUCAGAUUGCAAAAGAAAAUCAACAUUCAGAAGACAACUAUAAUGAGCAAUUUUUUCAUCAUAUUUGCUCAUGCAUAAGUUCGGAUUUUAUGGGUAUUUUACUUCAUUAUGAGCUACUUAUUUUUCAGUCUUUCUCUUGUGCAACAGGAUCACGGUGUGGAAGUUCCUCGGGCUCUUGCUUUGGGUCCAAGUGCCUUCAUCCAUGCAAAAGAGGUGAGCACGCUGUUCUUUUUAGGAGUGUAUUCAUUCACUGAUACUGAAUAAUUGCAUUUGCAUAAUUGCAAUUGCAUAUAAAUCUAUACAAAAUCAAAACAUGUAGCUGUCGAGUUGGUUAGUCGUGACCUAGUUCAGAGUAGUACUUAGCAAUGCUGCUAACUAUGCUGCUGCAACACUGGAGUACCUGUUGCUUCAUAUCAUCAGGAGAAGCAACAGCAGACUCAGAUUGCCUAAGCCAAUGGCUGAAAAUUAAGAUUUCAUGUGUGAGUCACUCUGAGCUUUCCUCUGGAGAGAAAGUGUGGGUGUAGUACCAACUUCAUGCAGCUGCUUAUUUCCAGCUCUCUUGAGAAUAUUUUCAGGAGAACCCCCUGCAAAUAUUGACUCAGGCACUCUUGUUUUGUAUUUCCAGUGUGGUCGUCUGAAUAAAAGGACUGUAGUUGUAAAGAUUUGUCUGUGAUGAAUAUGUUUGUGUCACCUCUACUCCUCAGAUGAUGAAAGAAGGGCCAGACCAGGACAUCCUUGUUGAAUCUUUUCUUUCAUCGGGUCGUGUAGACCACAUCACUAUGGUGAUGGCGCUGCACCCGGCUUACCUCAGCUGCUUCCUGAGAACCCAGCAUGCCUUGUUAGAGCUGGAUGGCCCUUUGCCUCGUCACUGGAGGCACUAUAUCGCUCUUAUGGUGAGAAAACCUCAAAAUCCUCUUUUUUUUAAGGGACACUCAAAAGCUUUUUUGUAAUCUUAUGUUAGAGAAAAAAACACUAGUGCUUGAACUGCAGGUGUGACAGAUGUUUAGGAUGAUUAGCAAUGUUUAGAAAGAAGAAAAUAAGAUAACCAAGCAGUUUAAAGAGACUUCCAUCUGUCCACAACAACAUAUUUUACAAUCUUGGAAGGGAUAAGACAGAAACAAUUCAAGUUAAAAUGAGUGGAGAAGCUCUAGCUGUAGCAUGUCAUGGCUUCGAAUCACAUGAUCAGCACUAAAUGAGGUUUCACACCUUUUAUAGAGAACUGUCGGUAAGUCGUCAUGACGUGGUUUGCCUUAUUUUGUUGACUGGACGUGACUUGUUACCACAAAAAGUUGCUGAUAUGAUUAGAAGUAGUGCAAAAUAUCCAUACAACAUUAUACUGUCAUCCUGGUUCACACACUAGUUAUGGUAUCUCUGGCACCAAAUAUUGAUAUUUGAUUUAAAAUAUGAUGCUGCUCUUGAUAGGGUCCUUUCAGUUUGUCUCACAGUUUCAUAACUUCACGACUCUUUGGUGUACUUCUAAUAACAUCAGUCCUGUUGUUUGUUUUUAGAGGUAUUUUGUGUUCCUUAGUUAAUUAGACAUGGUGAUUUAUUCAACGAUUCAAGGAACUUUAUUUGUCACACCCCACACCUUUUACAGUUUGUGGAACAAAAUUAGUACCCAGGUCGGUUCAUAAUAUGUUUGACUUUUAACCCCAUAUUUGCAUAAUUGUGACAUUGUUGUUAUUGGGCCCAAUCUGUUGUGUUUUGUAUCAUGUGAUUCAACUCCUCUCUUCUUACACUAAAUGAUGAUUCACUGAACUCGAACAUCCUGACAGAUGCAGAGAGAUUUACAGACUGGUAAAAAGUGACUCUGUUUUAACUGCAGGUAACAGCUUUGACCGUCUCACUCAGGUCACUGAAAGUGAACCAUGAAUCGUUUGACUCAGACUGAAUCAUUGGCUAAAUCGUCCCAAUAAGAGUGAGAUGGUGUGACUACCCAGCACUUAAGUGUGUCAUAGAUAGGUAAACACAGCUGCAGCAGAUAUGAUUAAUUAAAGCGAAAGAAAUGACAACAUGGAAAGUUUUGGUCUUGUGGCUGACGGUCUUUUUUGGGGGGUUUGUAGGUCAGUAAGAGGCAUCAGUGUUAACUUUAAUCUGAUUAAUAAGUCAAAACCGAAGUUUGUUUAUGUGUCCGUGUAAUGGAUUUAAAAAGUAUCCUCAUCAACCUGUUCUUAUCACACAAAAUCAGGCAAAAAAAAUAUAAAAAAACCUGAACGUUUUUGUUUGUUAAUGUAAAGCAUCUUUCCUUUAACUUGUAUCUUUAACAUUUGGACCAUGUGGAGGACGAUUACUGCUCCCAAAACUAUGAAUUAAGGCUCAACUCAAAGACACAGCUGGGGUUGAAUUCCACUGUUAAACAAAAAAUUAAAAAUGAGUAAGUCUGAGAAAGAUAUUUUGUGUUAUAAAAUUAUUAAAUCGAUCAUUUAUGGGCCCAAACAUUUGCUGACGAUGUUACAGUAAUCGAGCUCUUACUUCAAGGACAGACUAAUACGUAUGUUUCCCUCUUUCUGGUGUUUUUCAGGCUGCAGCUCGACACCACUGCUCAUAUUUGGUUCAGCAGCACAGCGCCGGCUUCCUGGAGGCCGGAGGAGAGGAGAGCUGGCUGAGUGACCUCCAACACGCUCCAAGCAAACUCCGCAGCCUGCAGACACUCAACAAGCUGCUGGCACACAGACCCUGGCUCAUCACACAGCAGCACAUCCAGGUCAGACGCACCACCCACACACUGCCUGUCUCUCGCUCUCCUGCUCGCUCUUUUUAGUAAUAUGAUUUAAUACUCUGGAUUUAGUCUGUAUCUGAAAUCACUCCCUCAUUGACUCACUCACUACUCCCCUGUUGAAUAAUCCAAUCCUUUUUGAGCAGUAAAUAAACAUUCGGAUGAAGCAUGAUGUGCGUCACUAGUGGCAGGUGUAAUCUCGCGUCUUUAAAAUAAGAUUUAGUGCUGUGUGGUGCUGCGUUUUUUUUAGAGGAAAAUAAAAGCUCCUGCUGUUGACAACACUGCUCGACAAAGUGUGCCUAGAUUGUUGAUCUUGAAAAAAAAAGCCUGUGAAGCAGGAACAAAGGUGUUUGUGUAGUUUUGAGUGAGAGAUUUAAACCCUACAGUUUAGAUUAAAUCUAACUAUGAAUGCAUGGAAUUGGAUUUUUGGUUCUUUAUGCGCACCUUUUUUUUUAAACAACACCAAGUUUCCCCUGUAAGAGGAUUUACUCUUGUUUUUUCUCUCCUCUUGAAUUUACUCUACUUGCUCUCGUUGUGACAGUGUGUUUGUUUUAGAACCAGACAAACAAGACAAACAGCAUUUGAUUCCUUGAUUUAAGAUGAUAGAUUUGUUUUGCCAGAGAUGUGUCUGCUGUCUGUUUUCCAACACCUCUGUACAGCCCACAUUUGUAAGCUCUCGUCUUUUGCACUCUUGCAGUCUAGAUUAAAAGUAAAAAGAAAGGCUUGUGUGUAAGUGUUGUGUAUUUUAGGGCAAGUGUUGAUGGAAACUUACUUUCCUUUUGCUUUGUACCAAAUGUUGAGUGUUUUUACAAGUUUGAAUUUUGACCAAGUACCGAUGUGUUAUAAGAACUCAAAACAGAGCGCCAUUCAGGCUGAGUCUCAUCAGUUUUGUUGGUGAUUUAAUAAUAAUAAUACGAUCAUAGGGCUGAUCAAACUUAAACUUUGACUUCAUGAUAAAAGAAGAAAAAAUUAAGAUGAUGAACAUUUUUAUUUCAGAGAACAGGAACAUUCACUCAGUUCAUUCAACCACUGUCAAGGUAUUUCAGGCUUUCUAAUCAGCAAACUCCUGUAUCCACCCCACCCCCUGUGCUGGUCCUGCUCUGUCCUGCAGGAGCUCGUGUAUCCCGGCGCAGACCCUCGCUGGUCAUUGGCUGAACUCAUCCAUGCUGUGGUCCUGAUGGCACAUGCUCACGCACUCUGCUCAUUGGUGUGGGGCUGUGGCAUAAACCCUGAACCUGACCACAUAGGUGGCUACACCUUCCAACCUCCAUCACCCGGACACUUCCCUCGAAGCCCUCAUAGCCCCGCUCAUGAGGAUGGCAGGCAGGAAGUGAGUCAGCUCGCCUUAUUUAAAAAAAAAAAAAUCUUAAUUAUGUCUACAGAGCUGAAGAAGGAUUUGUAGAUUUUUGGUAGCAAAGUUUCAAAAGCCUUUCACUCUUUGGAUCCUCAGCUGGUUGAUGGAGCAAUGGAGGUGGAGGUGCUGAUGAAGAGGAUGGUGGAGCUGCAACAGCAGCAGGAAGAGGAAGAGUGCACACAGGAGGAGAUGGUUACUCGCUUUGAGAGGGAGAGGAGCGAGAGCAUACCCACUGGUAUAAACACUCUUUUUUUUUAAAAAAUCUUAUCCAUCGCAGAUUAAUAUUAAACUGGUCGAUGUUUAUUUAUUCACUUUUCCUCUUUGUUGUGUUUGUUCAGCGAGAGUACGGGGAACACCGCCUGACCUGGUGCUGCAUCUGGUGGAGGAUCCAGAGUUCAGAUAUGAGGACUUUGCUCCCAGAGGAGAGCAGGCGCCACCCACCAUGAGAGCACAGGUAGUUUAGAGGAUUUCAGAUUAAACUGAUGCACACACACACACACACACACACACACACACACACACUCCCCAGUUGAUUCUAUUGAUGUUUUUGUCUCGUGUGCAGGACUACUCAUGGGAGGAUCACGGCUACUCUCUGGUCAACAGGCUCCUGCCAGACAUGGGUCAGCUCCUGGAUGAAAAAUUCCAGGUACCCUCACCUUUAAAUUAGUAGAAGUAAAUCAGUGAUUUACAGCGAGAUGAUUCAAAACCACACAAGACUCUUUAGUUAAAAUAUCAGGGGGUUUGUGGGCUUCUAUCUUGCAGAGAACAUGAUUUAACAUGAUAAUGUGAGCCUAUUUGACUCAUUAGUGUCAGGAAAAUAAGUGGUUGGUGAUGAUUUGCGUGGGAAAUUGAAAAAUCAGAAUGAUCCAGAAUUUGUUUUUGUUCCUUCCCCCAGAGAUCUGGUGUUUUUCAGUCAGUGGAAAGAGUGAAAUUCUUGACAGUUUUACCUUUUAGUGCAUCUCAAAGUAACUCAAGUUAAACAGUCUAAGAUGAAACAUUACUCUUUAAUAGAGGGGCAGACUUUGCUUUGUAUGAAGGAGCCGAAGAAAAAAAAGGUGGACAAGCGAUGUUUAUGUUGCCGUGUCCACUCUGGCAAAUAACAGUGAUUAUGUUUGAUAUAGUGAGGGCCAAAAAAGAGACCAGACAUUAAUACUGAAGAUAUCAUAAGAUCUGCUGUUGUUUCUGCAGGUUGUGAGCAACUUAACUUACCACAGGAUGGCCAUGCAUGAGGGCGUGGACACCCACACUCUGAGAAAAGCUCUGUGGAACUACAUCCACUGUCUAUACGGGAUCCGGUCAGUGUCAGACUCAGUUAAAGAAACACUUUAAAAUGUUUUGAAUCUCUGUCAGUAUCCUUACUUGUCUAUUUAUCAAUGACCCUGUGUAGAUACGAUGAUUACGACUACGGCGGCGUUAACGUGUUGUUGGAGCGCUCUCUGAAAGUGUUUGUAAAAACCAUGGCAUGUUACCCCGAGCAGACCACAGUACGCAUUUACCAAGCCUUCUGGAGACACUUCAGACAUUCGGAAAAGGUACAAACCAUUAAAAUUGUGAAAAGGGGACGUUAAAAUAUCACAAUGGAUGUAGAAAAGUGACACCUAAUAACGACGUGGUUCUGUGUGUUUCCUUGUGCAGAUUCAUGCAAACCUCAUAGUGAUGGAGGCCCGCCUACAAGCAGCUCUUCUUUACACCUUACGAGCCAUCACUCACUACAUGAGAUGA